UGAAAAAGCAGAGAACAAAACAGAGGAACGAAAACAAUGACGAUUGUUCUGUCUUACUUCUUGCUUAUAUUCGUUCCCAUUUUCUUGUAUUUAAUAUUGACUAAGAAGAACAUCAAAGAAUCGAAACAAAAUCUGCCUCCAGGCCCAAGAAAACUUCCGAUCAUCGGGAACUUACACCAGCUCCAAGGGUUGGUUCACAGAUGUCUUCACGAUCUCUCCAAGAAACACGGACCCGUGAUGCAUUUCCGUCUAGGGUUUGUCCCAAUGGUCGUGAUCUCAUCGAGUGAAGCAGCUGAAGAAGCUCUUAAAACACAUGACCUUGAGUGUUGUACAAGACCUAUCACUGUCGCCUCAAAGGUUUUCUCGCGUAACGGUAAAGACAUCGGCUUUGGUGUAUAUGGUGAUGAAUGGAGAGAGCUGCGUAAGCUUUCCGUUCGCGAGUUUUUCAGCGUGAAAAAGGUUCAAUCUUUCAGGUAUGUUAGAGAGGAAGAGAGUGACUUAAUGGUCAAGAAACUUAGAGAAUCGGCUUUGAAGCAUUCUCCAGUGGAUUUGAGCAAAACCCUUUUUUUCCUAGCUGCAAGUAUCAUAUUCAGAACAGCAUUUGGACAGAGUUUCUUAGAGAACAAGCAUAUUGAUAAGGAAACGAUCAAAGAACUCAUGUUUGAGGCUCACAAAAAUAUGUCUUUUACAUUAUCCGAUAUUUUCCCUAUUGCUGGUCUUGGAUGGUUUAUAGAACUUGUGUCCGGCCAGCAUAAGAGGCUUCACAAUGUCUUCACUGAGGUUGAUACGUUUCUUAAUCAUAUAACUGAUGAUCAUCGAUUACAGAUUUCAACUCAAGAUCGUGCUGAUAUCAUCGACUCGCUCUUAGAUAUGGUACAUAAACAAGAGCAUGAUGUAUCAUUUAAGCUCACCAUUGAUCAUCUCAAAGGAAUCAUCCAAAAUAUUUACCUCGCUGGAGUAGACACAAGCGCCGUUACUAUGAUUUGGGCGAUGGCAGAGCUCGUUAGAAACCCUAGAGUGAUGAAAAAAGCUCAAGACGAGAUCCAAACUUGCAUUGGAUUCAAACAGGAAGAAAGAAUCGUUGAAGAAGAUCUUUGUAAACUUCAAUACUUGAAGCUUGUGGUGAAAGAAACCUUAAGACUACACCCACCAGCUCCACUGUUACUCCCAAGAGAAACAAUGAGUCAUAUCAAGAUUCAAGGCUACGACAUUCCCCCAAAAACCCUUCUUCUGGUUAACGCAUGGUCUAUAGGAGGAGAUCCUAAAAACUGGCAAAAUCCAGAAGAGUUUAAUCCAGAGAGGUUUAUGGAUUGUUCUGUGGACUACAAAGGACAAAGCUUUGAGAUGUUACCCUUUGGUUCUGGUCGUAGGAUUUGUCCAGGAAUAGCUUCAGGGAUUGCGACCGUUGAAUUGGGGCUCUUAAAUUUGCUUUACUUCUUUAACUGGAGAAUGACUGACGAGAAGAAUGAUAUGGACAUGGAAGAAGCUGGUGAUGUCACAGUUGAUAAGAAAGUUCCUCUUAAUCUUCUUCCUAUUCUUCGCCAUUGAUGAUCCCAUUGAUUCUUGAAAUUAGAGAACUUGAACUACCAAGACUCAUGUUGUUGCGAAAAUUAUGUAAUUUUGACGGAGACAGCAUGAUGCCCUUUCGGUUGUUGAAAUCAAUACAAUAAAAACACAAUGUUUCUUUC